GUAGUUUAACACUCAAAGUAACUUUGAUUUGUAAUUUUACUCUGUAUGUUUUCUGUCUCCGUGUACCUGUUAGCACAUAUUCUAUCCAAUAGGUUUAGUAAGAACCUGCUUUUUAAAAUAAAACCUAGGGAGCUUGCAGGCAUGACAGAGUUGAGUUAAGAGCAAUAAACUCUGAGUAGAAACACCAUUGAAUAUUGCAGCCAAAACUUUGUGCGUCAUAACGUUACACUAUGGACAGAAAUGGUCUGUUGAGUUUAGUUUGUUGACUUUUCGGGUAAGUCAGUCACUCUUUCAGGUUUGAAUUUCAGUGUGUUAAGAGAUCGGGUGCGGUGUGGUUUCCGUAUACCGUGACAGAGUGACUAGUCUUGACAAGGAAGGAAGAGUGUAUUACUGACAGUUUUGUUGUCUGGCCUGGUUAUUAACAAGUUUCCCACACGUCACUGCAUUCCAUAAUGAUACAAUAUCUAUUCACAUUAUAGCUGUAACAUCUGCUAACCAUGUGUAUGUGACCAACAUUUUUUUAUUUGAUUGAGCUUUUUCAGCUCAGUGACAGUGCGUUCUCGUGUUGGUUGUUCUACUCUUGUCCUUCACUGACACCUGGUGGACAAUAUGAGUGGUCUCAGUCUAGACUCUAGGUGUGGUUGGAAUGGUGGAGGUGGUCCUGAGGAGUGUAGCGGCUGGGUUCGCCAUCGGAGACACGGCUCUGGCUGCAGCCGAACCCUACUUGACCACUACUGGACCACUUAUGAUCACCGCUGCCCGAGCAGCAGGAGAGGUUGGCGUGGCGGGGGUGGGAGCGGUAGCCACGUGCCUGGUGUUCACUACGGCAUUGGUAUCCAUGGGAACCGGACUUCUCCUCGCCUCCAUGGUGAUGCGACUGAUGGGGAGGGAAGGAGGAGGUGGAGCUAGAGCAAAGGCGGCGGAGAUUGCUGGAGGGGUCACCAUCACGGUGGGAGCCGUGGUAACUGGAACACUUGUGGGCGCACUCCCCGUGUGGGGCCACUUCCUGGUCCAGUGCGUCAUGGUCCUGCUAGUGUACCCUUACACUUACGUGAAUGAGAUGACCGCGGUCCUCUCUGUUCUUUUCUCUACUCUCUACCUCAGUGUGGCGAUGGGCCGUUUGGGCGUCAUCACAGGACUAUUUACUAUGGCCAUUGCUAUCUCGUCCCUCUGUGUCCUACUGAAGGCCCUAUCAGAGAGAAGAAUACAGCAGAGAGCCGAAGGAAACAGCAAAUGGUCAGAGAGGUUACUGCUAUACUCAGUUGUUGUGGCAAUAGUAGGUUUCCCUAUGGGUACGGGGGAUACAGGUGGGACAGGGUCAGAGGUGACUGUGAUGCUGGGGUCAGUGCUGUGGGUGGGGACCCUGGCAGCAGGAUUGCUAGGAGCUGCUCUGGGAACAGUGGCUGUGGUGAGUUUGGGACCAGAGGGGGCAGCGAGGGUGGCGGUGGGGGCGGCAGUGGCAUCCUCUUGUACCCUGAGACUCAUUCUACCAGUAUGCGCUUUGCUGGGGUCGGGGGGCAGCAUAGGGGGUCUGUUAGGGGAGCCACGGCUGCAGGGGUGUCACUGGGGGCUGCGAGUGUUGCUGCUGGAUCGGAAUAUAGAACCAGAGCGACGACACUAGUAGUUCUAGGCUCUGUAGCAGUAGGUGCGGUGCUAGGCUUCUGGGGUCUAGCACUGGGAACUGUCAUUCUGGGACCAGCAGAAAUAAUAACAGUGACCUUUGUUGCAGUGGGGGCCUUUAUACUGGGUGCACCAAAGAGUCCGUUCCACACUCAGAUUAAACUGAGGGGUGAGGUCCUCACAGGGACCCGCCUGAUAGGAGGAAUCGGCAUGGAAACAGUAACCGCGGCUGCUGCACCCCUCGGAGCGGGGGCACUGGGAACAGCAGCGCUAGGAACUGCUGCACUGGGAAGACUGGGGACAGUAGGAGUACUGGUGGCAGCGGUAGUGGCCCUGGGAAAAACAUGUGGAUUGGGAGCCUGAGACAGGGGCUUCCAGCAGCAGACUGUGUUAUCUCUGCUAAUUCUCUCUCUGUGUGUAUGUGUGCACGUAUUUGUACGUUACUGAGACUUUACAGAAUACAUUGACAUUAUAUGGCAGGUUAAUGACCUAACAAAUCCCAAUAAACUUGAAGUAUAAAUAAA